AUGAAAAUAAUUACAACCAUAACCCUUUACCUUAUAUUAAUUACAUGGAUGAUUUAUAUGAAGAAUAUUGAAUCAACAUGUUAUAACUGUAUAAAUUAUAAUACUCAUAACCAAAUUAUUAGUAAUUGUAUAUCUGGAAAUACAUCUAUUUGCAAACCUUCUCAAAUAAAAAACGCUUUUGAUGGUCUUUUCAAUAUUAUCUGGAAUACUUAUAUUGAAAAAUAUGAUUUGAUAUCAUCAUCAGAAUAUCUUAAUGCAUUUAAUAAAUAUGCUCAACAGGUUGAUGAACAAAUUAAAAAGGAUGAAUCACAUAUUACAAACAUAUCAUAUGAUGAAUUUAAAUCUUUAUUGAAAAAUGAUAAAAAAAACAUUUUAGAUUAUUGUGAAGCUGAAAAAUAUGAAAAAAUAAUUAAUACCAAUGAAUUAUUAAAAAAAAAUAAAAAUAAUAAAGAUUCAGAUUUAUUAAUGUAUAAAGGAUUUGUUUAUAGUUUUUUAAGAAAUAAAGAUGUUAUUAAUGCAAUGGGUGAAGAAAAAAUAUUUAUUAUCAAAUUCAUAGAUUUAAAUAUUAAUAACAUUUAUUGGAUUUUUAAAACUGUUGAUGAAUUAAAUGCAAAUACAAAAAUUAAAAAUUUUUACAAAUUAGUAGGAUCUACAUAUGUAAAACAUCUUGUUAAAUAUAAUCAAAAACAUAAAAAUAUAUGUACACCUGAAAUGAUAAAAAUGUUGGAAACUGAAGUAGAUUGCAAUACUUUAACAACUAAUGGAAUAUAUAAUUCUUUAUUUAAAAAUGAAUAUUUUAAUAAAUUAGUUAAACUUAAUAUAGAUGAAAUUAAUGAUAUACAUGCACAAAUAGCAUUACGAAAACAUCAAAUACAAAAUUAUUGUAAAGUUGAAUUUUUAAUAGAUGAUUUUUCAACAAAUAAUAGAUUUGAAAAUUUUAUGAAAAGUGGAAUUUAUGAACCAUUCUUUUGGAAUUCAAAACCAUUUUCUGAUGAAGAAAAAAAGAUUAUUGAAAAUAAAUGGAUAGAAAAUAUGGAUAGAUUAGUAAAAUUAGAAAAAAAUACAAAUAUGAAUCAAUAUUUAGAUGAUUUAUUAACAUUAUCAGAAUCUUUAAAGCAAAAUCAACUAUUUAUACCAGAUUCUUCUAGUAUAUUUUCACAAAAUCUAAAUUCAAAAAGAGAAAUAUGUAAAAAUUAUAUCAAUAAUGAUGGUCCUAUUCAUUUAUUAAUAGAUUCAACAAACAUAUCAAAUGAUGCUAAAAAAGAAUUUAACAAAAGAAGAUUAAAAAUAUUAGACAAAAUUGAAAAUCUCAAACCUAUUGAUGAAUCUGAAACUAUUUCAUUUAAAGAAUUAAAAGAAAAAAUUGAAAAUAUUAAAUUAUCAGAUGCAGAAAAAUUAUUUAAUGGUAAUGAUUUACAUCAAAAAAUUAUUAAUUCAAAACUACCAUCAGAUGAUAUUGAAGAUUUAGAAAAAUUAAGAAAUGAAAAAUUAAACAAUUUGAUAAAUCAACAAUAUGAUCAAUUUGAAGAUUCAUUAAACAUAUUAGAAUCUGAAGAAGAUUUAGAAAAAUUAAAUAAUGAAGUAAUAAAAAAUAAAUUAUUACCAAAGAAACAAAAAGAUGAUAUUUUGAAUUUGAUAAAAAACAAAUUAGAUAAAACAAAAGGAAAAGAAAAAUUAGUAAAAGAAAAUAAUAAAAAAUAUGAUACAAUUGUAAAAAAUAUUAAUAAAUUUUCAACACCAGAAACACUUAAAAAAUUCAUUAUAGAUAAUAUAGAUUCUUUAAAUGAAAAUUAUUUAACUGAUGAUAGGAGUAAAAAUAAAUUAAAUGAAAUUCAUGAAGCAAAAAGAAAUUCAUUAACAAAACAAUUUGAAAAAGAAGAAAAUGAAAAAUAUAAUUCUUUAAUUGAAGAUAUUAAAAAUUGUGAUAAUUCAUAUUUAUUAUCAGAUGAAUUUUAUAAUGAAAUAUAUCGUAAUAUCGAAGAAUUAAAUGAAGUUUAUCUUUCUAAACAUAAUACGAAAGAAAAAUUACAUCAAAUUAGAAAAGACAGAAAAGAUGAAUUAGAAAAUGAAGAUAUAUAA